GAGCUUUGGGAAAAUAAUCAAAAUGGCAUUAGUACGAACCUUAAAUGCAACAGAAACUUUAAGAGGGUCUUUGAUAUUAAAAAAUUUAAAAAAAAAAAUAAUUUUCACGAUUUUUUAGUAAUAAUUUUGUAUUCUAUACAUAGAAUAUUAGAAUCUAGGACACAUGUUAAGCAGGAUUAUUGUGAUUAUAUAUAUUAUAUUUUGCAAUUAUAUAACAAUACAAAAGAAGCAUGUUAUUCAAGAAUACCUGAAACAUGUCCAGAUGAAAUAAAGCUAUUUCAAAAUAAAAUAAUAGGUUAUGAUUUAAGCCACUUUAAAAAUAAAUGUCUUCAUGUUUCGAACAAAUUUACGCACAGCAAUUUGAAUGCAUUAUUAGAUCAAUUAAAUAAAGAACAAACAAAGCAUAUAGAAAGAGUAAAAUGGCCAUUUAAAUACAGAAAACUGAUAAAUUAUGACAUCUUUUAUUAUUUUAAAAUAUUUAAAGAAGAAGAAGAAUCAACUCCGGUCAAACAAAACAAUGUGUCAAAUGAAACUGAAGAAUGCACCAAUAUAAUGAACC